CGUUUCCACAUUGUGCUUGGCUCCCAGGCACAGCCCACAGAUAUUUACAGUUCCCCUCCACGACUGCGCCCGCGUUCUCUGUACCCACGUCUCUGAACCCCGAUUUGGAACGGCACUCGUCCCGAAUCCAGAUAGACUGCCAUACCUUUUGUGACUGCCCUGGUCCACUGCCGCCUUUAAUCUUCGCUUCGUCCUCCGAGUCCGCCUGGCUCUUCCAUGUCUAAUCCGCCGCGCCAUUUCAAGACAUGAUCACUGGCCCAUAGCCAUCUGUUGUACGACCGGAUCAGGACUCAUCGCCGCUGCCACCUCUGAGCCCUACCGUUUCCGAGUCCCCACUUGAGGCUCGAAUCCUUCCCGCCCCUCCCCCUCCUCACAGUAUAGAUAUAUAUCCCCUCCGCCUCUGUCAGCGAUGUCAGGCCCUAGUGAGACAAGCGGCCGCCCCUCGGAUCCCUCUACCCACCAACUUGAAAGCACCAUUCCAUCCCCAACAGCACCUCAACGUCUUCGAAGAUCCUCGUACUCGUCGGAUGAACGUAUCGGAACCAGGCCUACAGCACCUCGUCGUCGUCCAGGAACCAGGAAAGAGACGGCGAAUCCAUCCUCUCGCGGGGACAUCUCCACCAUGCAGAGGUCUACCAGUCCGACACAGAUGUCGCCUGACAGUUCAGUCCACUACACCAGGACUGGCCGCAUCAGCAAAGCGAAGAAGGGCUUGAAGGUCCACCACUGCGAAUGUGGACGGUCAUACACCAGAGCUGAGCACUUGAGACGACACCAAAGAAACCAUGCACAGAACGCACUGCGGUGCGAGUGGCCGGACUGUGGAAAGCCGUUCUACAGGCUUGAUCUUCUACAGCGGCACCAAGAGCGACACAACGACCCGGGAAGAGCAGAGUCUCCCCAGAUGUACAGUCCAGCCAGCACCGCAGACCCAGAACCCCAGGGCUCUGCCCCUGUGACCUUGCCUGCUCCAAUUGUCACUACGCUCCCUGCAACUGAUUCAUACUAUGCGCAGCCGGUGUCUCCGAUGCCUGUAUCCGCUGCAGACGCAAGCCACUCCAAGAGGGCCUACACCGCCCCUCGUCAAAACCCGGGGCCGGCCUCUGUACCUGUGGAUGCAGGUAUGCAGAAUGGCAUCACCUGGACCGACCCCUUUGGCCACUCGCCCCACUAUACCUCGUCCUCUAGCGAUUACCCCUCGCCUAUUCCCAGCGGGCCGGACUACUCGAGCAACAUGUUCGCCAACCCCCCGUACGGACCUGGCUCCAAUCGCACGCGCAACUCAUCCAACGCUUCUUACACUGAGACUGCCUGGGGUUAUCCUUCUAGAUCACCAACAUCGGCAACCUCCACCAUGGCAUACACAUGGAACUCUAACGAGAAGAGCCCGGCUCCAUCUCACCCAGUGUACAUGCACACCUCCUAUCCGAUGACGAGUAUGCCAAUGUCUGCGGGUGUGGACCCGAUGACGGGGUUUGGGCAUUUUGGGCCCAAGACGAUGGUGCAGAGAGACGAAGAAGAACAGGCGUUCCUCUUCCCUGAACAACCCUACGGUAUGGGCCAACUCGUACACACAUAUCCAUUUGACCAAUAUCUGAACAAUUACUGGAGAUUCUUUCACGCCGCCUACCCUCUCGUUCAUCGAGCUACCUUUGAGAGCAUAAGCCAGCCACCGAUGCUUCACGCUGCCAUGAUCGCCAUUGGCGGACAAUAUUCCGAUGAUGCCAGCGUCAAGCGCAAGUCUCGCAUACUCCACGACCGGUGCAUGAGGUUGCUUGACAAGAGAGAACUCGAUGUCAUUACCGAGCCAGAGCGUGUGUGCGACUGGCAAGCUUUGUUCCUCGUUGAGGUCAUGUCGCAGUACCGUGCGCGGCGUGCGGCGAUGGCAUUGUCUUCGCGGUUCGAGACGCUAUACCAGAAGCUCUGCAACGGCUUCCGGGAGGUGACCUCGAACAUCGUUGAGAAUAUCUCCGCACUCGUCCAGCCCGAGAAUGCUACCUACGCGCGCUGGACACAGUGGAUCGAGCUAUCCACCCAACAGCGUCUUCUUCUUUGCUGCUACAUUCUCGAGUACCAACAACCUACUCUCCUUGCUCGCAACUCACAUCAGUCCUCCAUCGAUUGCCAGGGAUUCGACUUGCCAUUGCCAGCUCACUCGGAGCUUUGGGACGCAACUACACCUUCCGACUGGGCCAUGGCCGCCCAGCAAAACCCUCACCAGCUGACAUAUGUAUUCCAAGUGACUCCGGAUGUCAUGCAAACUUUUGACACGUUCCAAUCCUCCCUCAUCAUUGCGGCCUACUACAAUCACUUUAACAACCCUACUCCAUACCUUGCCCCCUCCAACUUCCAGCAUAUCGACCACCUCCUCGAUAACUCCGCGGUGACCAAACAUCAGCUUCUCACAGCAAAACUCCUCCAGGUCGUUCCCAUCCGCGCCCUGCUCGCAGUCUCCGGCGAGAGCUGGAUCCUGUGCGAGAAGACGUCUUCGCCGCAAGUAUUUGCAAGCUAUAAGACAACUCUCCGGUCAUGGAUCAGUGGGCUAUGGACUGACGGAACUGACCACCAGGGCCAGUCUGCCAAGGACGCUCUCAAGCUCGCCAUUGAGAUUGCCCAGCAUGCCAUGACGGCACAGACGCUUACCCUCCGGCUCGAGCUGGGUGCAGACAUGGGUCUCUACUUCGCAGCGCUCACUAUCUGGGCUGCUACAAACCAUUCCCCUCUCCCGGGUGGGCGAACCAGCUACCCCUCCACGCCGUCUCACUUCUCGAUGAACACCUCUGGUGGCACUACCAACCCCAGCCAUCCUGCAGCAUUGGGUCUGACUUCCCACCCGACAACAUCUCCAGUUCCUCUCUCGCCCUCGGCAACCAGCAUGCAGUACUCCGAACUUACCAUGCUCUCCAUCAACUUCCUCAACACUGCGCUAGUAGAGCUCGACUUGCUGGGCGUAGUACCUCAGUGGCCGCGCGACGUAGCGCAGUGGCAGCAGGGCUGCGCCGCCUUGAUGCGCUGGGUGAAGAUGCGGCUCAGGGGUGGGGCUACAGAGGGCAGGGACAGCGUUGUGUCCUCGACCCUCAACGUCGGUGGCCGCACUGGCGACGGCUUCGGUGGCGACGGCUUCGGCCAACUACUCGACGGUGUCAUCGGUGCCUUGGAGAAGAUCUUGAGUCGAAAAUGGGAUGUCUGGGGCUUUUAA